AUGGAGAUUCCGGAUUUGCAGCACAUUUGCGCGGUUUCCAUUUCCCGUUCACUGUUUCAAGUAAGCUCCAGCGUACUUUUCAGCGCGAAACACACAGAAUUCAAAUCUCAUUUUCUCCAGAAACACAUAAGAUGGCGUAAAUUAACGGAUUUGGCGUUCGAAUUUCGCGAAAUCCUCGACGAACUCGCGCCGCAAUCGCGAAUUUCGCCAGCCAUUCGAAAAUGUGUCAAAGAGGCGAUUGUUGGAGUUUUGGCAGAAGUUAGAAGAUGGGGUGAGUUGAAUUUUAUUUAUUUAUUUUUUUGAAAUAUUGAAAGAAAAAAAUAAUUUUCAGAUUCCAAACAUUCGGAGAUGUUUGUGGAGUCGAAAAAGCGGCGAGCGGUGGCAAAAACCGAAAUUUUGCGAACUUUUUAUUCGCAUUUGGUGUGGAAGAGAUAUCGGUACGGUGAAAAAGUUGAAAAUUUAUCAUUGGAGCGCAUUUUCUAGUCCGAAUUCAAAUAAUUCGAAAACAAUUUUCACUUAAAAAUUUCUGGUUUUUUUGAAAAUAAUACGAGCAAUAUUUUUUUAAAUAAAAAAAUUAUGCCACGUGGAUUUUUAGCUUUUUUCAAUCAGUCACUAACAUGAGCAAUGCCCAUUGAACUCGAAAUUUGAGUUUAAUAUGAGCAAUGUUUUCCUUAAUUUUCAAACUUUAUUUUCUGGGGGCUCUAAUAUGAGCAAUUUUUUCGAUUAAAAACAUUGCUCAUGUCAACCGAAUUCAAAAAAUUCGCAAGUUUUGAUGUAAAAUGGUUUAUUUUCAUGAUUUUCUCAUUGGAGCACAUUUGCUCGUCCGAUUUUAAAAUAAAUUCGUUUUAGAGUCAUUUUUCAGCCCUGAAAUCGAUGACGUGGCAACAUGUAGUCAUUUGAUUUCAACAGAACUCAAAAACUGGCCACUGAUGCAAUUUCAAUUCGCCUGCCUUUACGCGAAAACCGAGUUGAUUUUCGACGAUUGGAAAUUUGACAAGUAUCGAAGAGCAACUUUUAAGUGAGUUUUCGAGCUUCCGCAAAGCUUCCGCGUCUUUUCCGCACCCCGAAAAUCCCCGUUCCCUUCAGAAUUCAACUCUCCGACCAUCCUGUCUACGAUUUUUGGCUAACUUUGAUGGAAUCCCGUCCGGAUGUGUUUUUUGACACGGAUCGACGUGUGGCAAAUCAAAAAUUGACACAAUGUUUUGGAUUUGCGAUUCGAAAUGGAUAUCGCGAAUUGAUGGAAUUCAUUUGGCAAAGGAUUACGGAUAGACAUCGAGAGAGUGUGGGUGAGUGUGAGAGACGCAGACAAUUUUUUUGAAAUCUGAUGGUGAAAGUUUUUUCUUCAAAUUUUUGCGAAAUUUUCUGAAAAUCCAAAAUUUUAAAAGUAAUAUGAAAAAAAGUUAAAAUUCAAGUAUACUGAGCAAUGCUACAAAAAUCGUGGAAAAUUUGACAUAUGGAUUUUUUGGAGCUAAAAUUCAGGAAUUUUCGAAAUUCUAACAUGAGCAAUCUUCUCUAUUAUUGCCACGUGGAUUUUUCAAAUAUAAUAUGAGCAAUACUCUUUUCUUUCAGCUCUGAUAUGAGCAAUGUUUUCUCUUGAUAAAAAAUCCAAAAUUCAAAAUUUUGCACAGGUCUUCUCGAAUGGCGAACACAGUGUUUGCGAGCACGCGACGCACAAACCAUGCAAUUUUUGUGCCACAAUUUGUGUCGAAUGAAUCCGGUGGGAACUGCGCGAAUAGCUUGGGCCGCCUUUUUCGAUGCUUUCCAUCAUUUGGCUUAUGUAAGUUACUGGAAAUGCAUCAGCAGAUGUUUGCUGUGUUCGCUAGAAUUUCAACAAAAAAUGAAAUUUUGAUUUUCGUUGAAAGAAUUUCUAGAAUUUCAACAAAAAAUAAAAUUUUGAUUUUCGUUGAAAGAAUUUCUAGAAUUUCAACAAAAAAUAAAAUUUUGAUUUUCGUUGAAAGAAUUUCUAGAAUUUCAACAAAACAUGAAAUUUUGAAAAGAAUUUCUAGAAUUUCAACAAAAAAUAAAAUUUUGCAUUUUUUGCAGAACGAAAAAAGCGACAUAAUGGUGCCAGAUCAAUAUCGGCGAAAAUUCGAAUUCCUGCUCAAAAACAGCUGCCCAAUUUUACGACAAAGACUGCUGAAAAUGGACAAUUUCAGGUGAGGGAGAGAGAGAGACGCAGAUAUGAAAAUCUCAAUUUUCCAGACUUCUUUGCGACGCGUUUCGCCUGAAUCUCAGCGACAUUUUCUCGCUGCUUCUCAACUAUUUGCCACAAGAGGAUAUUGCGACGGCUCGCGAAUAUGUCGAUCGAAUUUUCGAUCGGAAAAAGUCGCGAGACGCGGCGACAAUGCGAACGCGAAUGUUGCGACGACAAUUUACGACGGGGAAUUGA